CUGGCUCGAGGGCACGUGCAGCUCGGUUGCUAGGCGACCGCCAAACGGUCACCGCAGGGGAGGCAGGUCGGGAGGAGGACCCUCUCCUUUCCUCUCUUCUCUGUGGGGUCAUGGCGACCUUUCAAGGCAUGGGCCCCGAGCUCAGGGGCUACUUCAAGAAACAUUCCAUCCCUGACAUCUAUGAGGCCCUAUUAUCUGGUUUAUUAAUUAUGUGCCCAGAUGAUCCACUCAGAUUUUUAGAAGAAAAGAUCAAAGAAAUGAUGGAAAAAGGACUAUAUAGUAUUUUAUGGAAUAUGUGUAUUGACCCAGAAUUAAGCCUGAAGCUAAAAGUGAUUUCAGAAACAUACUUACAUACUCUUUUGGGACUUGAUGAUGAUCAGCUGAUGACUACAGAGUUAUGUGAUAAAGCAUGGGACUUUUAUAGCAUUAACUUAAAAAGAAUGUGCUUUGACGCAUGGGUGAAGUAUUGUGCUAUGAAGAAACUUGGGAGAGAAGUCUUGCAGAGAAAGUUGUCUGCUGCAAAACACUUUUAUGAAGUCAGACUACUAAAAAAAGUUGUUAAAAAAUGGAAUACCCGGGUGCAAGUUCGCAAAAAAGAGCAAGAACGGGCAGCAAAAAAAUUAGGAAAAGUCUUUCAGUGUUCUUUACAGAAGAUGAUCUUAAAGGCUUGGCGAAAAGAGACUAGAUUUAGAAGAAAGGCUAAAUUAUACGUAGAGCGUGUUGAAAAAGGUGCCGAAGAAAUUUUUUCUGCUGAAGACAGUGAAAAACAUUAUGUUUUAGAGCCAGAAGUACGUCAGCCAGAGAAGCGCUCAUCAGCAAGAUAUCCAUCUCAAGAACGUGUGUACACGUUUCAUACAAGAGGAGGCAAAGAUCACAUAACAAAGAUGCCAGGACAAAUACUAGCCCAGAUUUUCCGUUAUUUAACUAUAAUUGACUUGGCAAGAUGUACUCAAGUUAGCCGAAAUUGGAAGGCAAUGAUACAAACAGGUGCUGUAUGGAGUAAUAUUAAUUUCUCUGCAGCAAAAGAAGUAGUGAAAGAUAAUAUAGCCGGAAAUAUUUUACUGAAAUGGCGCACUAACGUGGUGCAUUUGAAUCUUCGUGGUUGUUAUACUCUUCACUGGAAUACUUUUAAAAAUAUUGGUCAGUGUUGCAAUCUGCAAGAGUUAAAUGUCUCUGAAUGUCAGAGUUUAAAUGAUGAAUUAAUGAGACUUGUAUCAGAAGGCUGUCCAACUCUCCUUUACCUUAAUUUGUCACACACAGAUAUUACAAAUGGGACACUAAGACUUUUGCCAAGGGGCUUUCCCAACUUACAGUACUUAAGUUUAGCUCACUGCAGAAAAUUCACAGACAAAGGUUUACAUUACCUUGGCUCUGGAAGAGGAUGUCACAAACUCAUCUAUUUGGAUAUUUCAGGCUGCCUCCAGAUCACAGUGGAAGGCUUCAGGAAUAUUGCGAAGAGCUGCAGUGGGAUUCAAUAUCUGACAAUUAAUGAAAUGCUCACUCUGACAGACAGGUGUAUUCAAGGUUUAACUGAAAAGUGCAAACAAAUUGUAUCUGUUGAAUUCGAUGAGUCUCCACAUGUUUCUGACACAGCUUUUAAAGCACUUGCUGAAUGUCAACUUGUUAAAAUGAGGAUACAAGGGAGUAAUCGUGUUACUGACCAAACCUUCAAAGUGAUAAGCAAAUUCUGGCCCAAAAUAAAACAUAUUUGUGUGGCUGACUGCCAGAAAAUAACAGAUGUUGCUCUCAAGCUUAUUGCAGCCCUGGAUAAUAUUAUUAUACUGAAUUUGUCACAUUGCAUAAGAAUCAGCGAUGCAGGAAUAAAGUUAUUUGUUGAUGGUAAUUCAGGCUCAAGAAUAAGGGAAUUAAUCUUAUCCCAUUGUUCCUAUGUCAGUGAUAUUGCUGUUGCCAAAAUAGCUCAAAGGUGCCACAGUCUGAUCUAUCUGAAUCUAUGUCAUUGCCGUGCUGUAACUGAUUCUGGGAUUGAGGCACUGAUCAUGAUGCCUUCAUUGGCUUACAUUAAUAUUUCCGGAAUUGAUGUCACAGAUCAGGCUUUGGAUACUCUUGGCAGACUGUCGAAAUUGAAGGAGAUUAUUAUAUCAGAAUGUCAGCAUAUUUCUGAUGGAGGAAUUAAGAGAUUCUGUGUUGAUGUGAAAAGACUGGACUACAUAGACUUUUCUUUCUGCCAUCAGCUGUCAAAUCAUGCGUUAAAAAAUUUAACGUUCAAUUGCCGUAAGAUUACAACUCUUAGUAUGGCUGGUUGUACCAAGAUAAGUGAUGUAGGUAUUCAAUUUGUGGCUGCGGGCUGCACUUUUCUUCACUACCUGGAUAUCUCGGGCUGUCCAAACAUCACUGAUAAAGCAAUCAAAUUUCUGUGGAAAGGUUGUCCGCAACUCCGAAUUCUUAAGAUGCUGUACUGCAAAGGCAUUACCAGACAAGCAGUUCUAAAAUUAUCCACAAAACUGCAAAAAUAUGAAUACAAUGAUGAUGACCCGCCACUGUGGUUUAGUCAUAUCAAUGCUGAUUCAUCCAGCUUCAAGAAACACAGGAAAGGUCGACGACAGAGUCCCUCAUCGCCUGAUCGCAGCAUAACGUCACCUCCAGAGAAAAAGCUCUUGGAGAGUCCCAGGCCCUCUGCAGCAGAGUCUUCAGGAGAAAAAAUCUCAGAGGCCUCCAAACACUCCAUCCCAAAACUUCAUGUAAAAAGCAGUUCUGAACCCAUUCCAAUCCCCACAAUAGAGAUUUCAGGGGAAGAUGAGAAACCAAGCAAUGUGUAUACAAAUUAAAAAGCAAAUGAUUAUAAUAUUUUUUUAAAAAAACCCUCUUCUCUUAUUAGAAUAAAUUUAGAUGCCUUUAGAGCUGUAUUAAUUGGAUAGCUUUUAGAAGUCUUCCUGGCAAUAUUAUUAACAUUUCCCCCCAAAAUCAAUAUAGUAUAAGUUAUGCCAUUCGUUUAGUUCUUCUUCAGCAAGUAAUAUUAUUUAACAAUUACAUAGCAAUAUUUUAUAUGUAUGCUAAUUUGUUUCACUUAUCUGUAACAGCAAUAUAAAUAUUUGUUAACAUUUAAAUGUUUGUAUUUAUUUAUGGCAUAUAUCUUACUUUGUAUGUGCAGUAAAGCUCAAUGCAACAUACAUGGAGUUUCCAAUUGAUGUCUUUAUUAUUAUGAAACUAUUAACACAAUGGGUUGCUGUGAGUUUUCCGGGCCAUGUUCCAGAAGCAUUCUCUCCUGAUGUUUCACCCACAUCUGUGGCAGGCAUCUUCAGAGGUUGUGAGGUCACAGUAUUAACACAGUAUUCAGCUUCUUAAUAUGGUGAGAUUUUUUAGAUGCCAGUACAUUUGAAGCAUUAAAAACACAAUGUUUUUCUAGUAUUUCAACUAUUAAAACUAAAAUGUGCCCAGGAGUGAGGAGAAAAUGGCUCAUAAAUACUUUCUGGGUUUGAACAGAAAUCCUAUAUUCUUAAGCAGAUAGAAGAAAGAGGAAAUGAAUAACAGUUGAAAGAUGUAUCCCCUGAAAUCUUUACGGGGUGAGAGGUACUAUUGGCUUUAUAGAGUAUGAAAAUGUUUUCUAUGUGAAUAUUUUGGGUGCUGAGUGAAAAUGUGAGUUACAGCACUGUGAGGUACAAAGGAAGUUCCCCAUCCAUAAACAGUGCCAAUAAAUACAGAAUGUUCUCUGGAUUGUGUGUCUUCACAUUCAGAUAGAUGUUAAUGUGCCAAUCCCUUUUACUCUGCAAGCUAUUUUCUGUUGUCUUUUUAAUGGAAAGUUUAUCAGGAUAAGAAUGCAUUAUUUAUACUUAUUUAUUAUGUUCAUGUACUAUUUUUCAUAUGUAAAGAAGCUCAGUACAACAUAUAUAAUGUUUCCAGGCAAGUUUUCUAUUUGUUUAGCCCAGAGCCGCUGAGAUAUAGCCUGUUGCAUUGUGCCUUUGUAUUAUGUAUUGAAACUUGAGAUUUUGGAGAUUUUCUGCAGAAGAUCAAUAAGAAAUUGAUAAGUUAU